AUGUCUGGAAUCAUGGGACCGGACCAACCACAGGAUAUCAAGGCCUCUGAAACUCAGCCUAUCUCAAUAGCUGCCAGAGAGACUCUGGGCCAUCCUUCGCCGGAAUUGCUUGCUAGUUCUGUUGGAAACGAAGUUGAUGGAAGAUUGGUGCCUUCAUCGUCUACGAUAUCCCUACUCUCUCUAAGCAUGCAACAACAACAGCAGCAGCAACAACAGACGGACGAAUCUGCAAUCUUAUCAUCGCAGAUCCCGAUCAACUUUACAAGAAUGUCCAGUUUUAAUCAGCAACAACGUCACCAACAUUACCAAUCGUCUUCAAAUCUCACAAAUAUCGCUUCGGGGUUUUCAUCAAGGCGGGUCUCGAUGAACUCUCCUGGAGUGGUGCAAUUACCCUCCUUCAAGACAUCGCCCAGAGAAAUCCCACCACGUGAAGAUUUCACUCCAGACUCUCCUAAUUUGAAUCCGGUUUCACUAGGAGGAUCACCCUCGAAGUUCUGGCUGACUAGUCAGACACCACCAAAUAGCCUGCCUUUUCUGCAACUGCAACGGAUCAACUCGAGCCAGCACUUGAACUCGUUGAGAGGAGUUUCUCGCGGAUCCAUGAAUCGGGGAGUUGGGGCUUCGCCGGUGCUGUUUCCUGUGGGAACGCCGUAUGAUGGUGGUCCUCCAAUGACGCCUUUACAGCUGUCCAACCAGAGUGACUACAUCAGCUACAAGGACCAAGAAAUGACUAAUUCUCUGGAUGACAUGAUGGAUUGA